AAACAUGGCGGAAGAUCACGCACGGAAAUGGGACCGUUGCUUAGCCGAUACCGUCAUUAAAACAGCCGCUGGCCUCAGUUUGGGCAUUGUGUUCUCGGCUCUUUUCUUCAAAAGGCGGACAUGGCCCGUGUCGUUCGGCACAGGCAUGGGAUUCGGCAUGGCGUACUCCAACUGUCAGCACGACUUCAGCUCGCCUUAUCUGCUUCACGGCCACAUGGUCAAAGACCAGUAAGAAGGGAUCGAUGACGAUUUGCUGAAGGAAGAAGUUGCUUGUCCUUUUUUUUUGUCUUGUCCUUGUUAUUUUGCAUUUUGCUGCUCGUUUCUGCCCUACGACCCAUGAAGUACCGCAUCCAGUGUGUCCACACCACAUAUAUCAGAGGGCCGUCAAUGUAUAUUUAAUAAAGUGACCAUGCAAUA